GCAGGUCAUUGCUGAUUUUGAAGAAGCUUUCUCUGGACAAGGAGGAAAGCCUUUAGGACCAUAUGCCCUUUUAACUGAGGCCUGUUUAGUACUUAAUGUACUGGAUCCCAAAUACAAAAAAGACCUAUUGAAAUGGUUUGUGAGGCUCCAGUUACAGGAAUAUUUAGUGCUGUUUCAUGAGAACCAAGACGUUGCCUGGUUGGAUAAAAUUGACAGGAGGUACGCUUGGGUUAAACGGACACUGGUGGAGUGCGAAGAAAAGUUUGGCAGAUUGUUUCCCUCUGAAUGGGAAGUCAGUGAAAGGAUUUGUGUGGAAUUCUGUAAUAUAACAAGAGAGGAAUUGUCCAAAAUCAUGGCCAAGAGGGCUAUUGAAAUAGAGGUCAAACUGUUAUUAUUUGCCAUUCAAAGGACAACAAAUUUCGAAGCAUUAUUAGCAAAGCGAUUUAGCGGUACUACUUUAGGUGACGAUGGCAGCGUUGCUGCAACACCCGAUACUGAAAAACCUGUUUCUACUAACCCAUUUGAAAUGGACGAUGAAGAAGAUGACGAAGAAGAAAAAGAAAAACCUGAAGUUAAAACGGUAGUGAAAACCAAGCCUCCAGCAUUCUGUGGUAUAAUAUCUCGAUGUUUUGAACCUCACCUACAGAUCUACAUUGAUGCGCAAGACAAGAGCUUAGGAGAGCUCAUUGAUAAAUUCGUGGCUGACUUCAAAGCUUCAGGGCACCCUAAGCUAGAGACAGGAGACGGUGGCACUAUUUUACCAUCCUGCGCCGAUUUAUUUGUAUAUUACAAAAAGUGCAUGGUACAGUGUUCACAAUUGAGUACGGGCAAGCCACUGUUAUCACUCACAGCUACAUUCCAGAAGCAUCUUAGAGAGUAUGCAAUUAAAUUACUCACAAAUAAUUUACCAAAGUCAAGCUCUACAAGCGGUGGUCUCUCCACUGGUGGUUUGAGUAUAUCAAGUUUAUUGAAAGACACGCCCAGUGAUAUCACAAAGUUUACAGAAAAUGAACAGAGACUUGUCUGCUGUAUCUUAUGUACAGCUGAUUAUUGUCUAGAAACAACACAACAGUUAGAAGAUAAAUUGAAAGAAAAAGUUGAUUCUUCUUUAUCAGAUAAGAUUCAUCUUAGUGGGGAAAUGGACGUCUAUCAUAAUGUUAUAUCUAAUUGUAUUCAGUUAUUAACUCAAGACUUAGAAGCAUCAUGUGAGCCAGCUCUUAUAGCCAUGAAUAAGAUAAACUGGUCAAUGGUAGAGACGGUUGGUGACCAAAGUGGUUAUAUCACGGCUAUUACAACUCAUAUAAAUAAGACUGUGCCGAUAAUAAGGGAUAAUCUAGCAUCCGCUCGGAAAUAUUUCACGCAAUAUUGUAUCAAAUUUGUCAAUUCAUUCAUUCCAAGGUUUAUUAAUCACUUAUUUAAAUGUAAACCAGUAAGUACAGUCGGUGCUGAACAGUUGUUACUAGACACCCAUUCUUUGAAGACAGUAUUGUUAGAUCUACCAUCAAUUGGCUCAACGGUGGCGAGAAAGGCACCAGCAAGUUAUACGAAAAUAGUAGUGAAAGGAAUGACUAAAGCUGAAAUGAUUCUAAAGGUUGUGAUGUCUCCCCAUGAUCCACCACAGUUAUUUGUUGACAACUACAUCAAACUGAUUGCUGAUAGUGACACGACUAGUUUUCAAAAACUGCUGGAAAUGAAGGCUUUAAAAAGAAGUGACCAAAGUGUCAUGCUGGAUAUAUUUCGUCAGCGAUUACCAACACCACCGGCAGGAGAAGGAACGCACACACCCCAGAACGCUAGUCGGGAACAAGAAUCAAGUAGAAUCAUGAAACUAGAAAAAUUAAUUAAAAGAUUAUAAUUAUUUAUUUGUAUCAAAGAAUUAAGUUAUUUACUACCGAUACAUGUGGUUUUUUUGCAUGUCUAAUGAUUUAUAAUAUUGCAUAUAUGACUUCUAGAUUCAUCACCAGCAACACCUGCCCCGGAUGUUUUAGUCAUAUCCCUUGAGGGGAGGUGAUUGUCAUGCCAUGUAUUUACAAAAUAUACCAACAAAGAUGGCGACUUUGAGUGUUGCACAAAAAUUUAACAAAUAUUACAAGAAGUCAAAGUCUGUAUUUAGUGCAUAUUGCAACCUAAGUCAAAACUUUGUGCUUGGCACUGGGAGAGUGCAUUGAAUUGUGGGAAAACAAAUUGUCUAUCAUCUUCCAUGUGUGGUGCGACGACCACCACUAUUUAAUAGUCACUUAUUCCAAAAACAGCUGUUAGUAAUGUAUUUCUGUGCAUUGUCAAAUCAAUUGCAAUUUCCUGUAUGUUAAUAGAUGCCAACAAUUGAAAUACAUAAGGCUGCUAUGCUCUAUGAACCGGCCAUUGUUUAUACCUUCAAUUACUGCAUGUGCUGCUAAUUGUAGUGUAGCCAGGGUGUCAUUGCAUAGCAGUAGUGCAUUUAGUCAUGGAUCUAUAUUUAGUAAGGGUGGGAUAUGUGUAAGGAGUUGGCUGCACUCUAAUUGAACAGCAGUAAUGUGUUUUAAAUGAUAACAUUGUACUUUUGUUCAUCCAACCACCUAAAAUCACGUAGUUAGAUCUUUCUGAUAAUCCCUUUAAUGUGACAGUCCCACUUUUCAAAUGCUUGGUUUUGAAACAGUGAAUAUAAUGUAUAUAUUGUAGUAUUGCAAGAAAUAAAACCAUUUUUUUGGGGG